CGCGAAACGUGGCGGAGCGGCUGCCGCUAGUUGAUUGGCUGCCGCACGGCGGCGGUUGCGCGCAGGCGUGCGGCAGCUCGUCCGUAACCGUCAGUAAUGGGUGAUGUGGGGCUGAGCUGCGGAAUCAGACGUGAUAACCAUUUGUGGAAAUAAUCAGAUCAUUUUCACUGAUCCAGAUAUGUCCGCUGCAGAAAGUAUGGCUAAUUUUGAAGAAAUAGAGAAGAUGGCUGGACAGCAUCCUAAACCUGUAGGUCUGGUUCUCGAAUAUGGUACUGCAGGAUUCAGAGCAAAGGCAGAACAACUUGAUCAUGUGAUGUAUCGCAUGGGCUUGCUAGCAGUACUAAGGUCAAAGAAAACUGCACGUACCAUUGGUGUAAUGGUCACAGCCUCCCAUAAUCCAGAGGAAGACAAUGGAGUGAAAUUGGUUGAUCCACUAGGAGAGAUGCUUGCAUCAACCUGGGAAGCGUAUGCCACUCAGUUAGCAAAUGCAGAAGAACAGGAUCUAAAAUCUGCUUUAACCAAUAUUGCUGAAAAGGAAUCUGUAAAUAUGCAGGAAGAGGCUCGGAUUAUUCUUGGCAGAGACACACGGCCCAGUAGCCUAAAGCUUUCCCAGGCUGUUGUUGAUGGUGUGUGUGUCUUAGGAGGAGCUUAUCAAGACUAUGGCCUUGUCAGCACCCCACAGCUGCACUAUAUAGUUUGCUGUUGGAAUACCAUGGAGCAGUAUGGAACUGCAACAGUUGAAGGAUAUUACCAGAAACUUGCUCGUGCAUUUAUUGCCUUGAUGAAGCAGGUACCUUGCCAUCCAGAAGAAAUGAGACAGCUAAAUGUAGAUGGGGCAAAUGGUAUUGGUGCACUGAAACUAAAGGAAUUAGAGACUUAUCUUGAGAAGAAGCUGAAGUUAAAGUUGUGUAAUGAUGGUACAACUGGCAAACUCAACUACCUCUGUGGAGCCGAUUAUGUAAAAGUUCAACAGAAGCCCCCUCAAGGCUUAGAUAUGAAGGCAAACGAAAGGAGCUGCUCAUUUGAUGGUGACGCAGACAGAAUUGUAUACUAUUACAUUGAUGAAUCCGGAUGUUUCCACCUUCUUGAUGGUGAUAAGAUUGCAACUUUAAUUACUACAUUUUUAAAAGAGCUUCUUGCCAAGGCAGAUUUGGAUAUGCAGAUAGCAGUGGUACAGACUGCCUAUGCAAAUGGAAGUUCAACAAGAUAUAUUGAAGAGGUCAUGAAGGUUCCUGUACACUGUGUAAAUACAGGUGUGAAGUUUUUGCACCAUAAAGCUCAGGAAUUUGACAUUGGGGUUUACUUUGAAGCAAAUGGCCACGGCACAGUCCUCUUCAGUAAGACAGCUGAGAGCAAAAUCAGACAGAUGGCCCAGGACAAAAGCCAAGUGGGAGAGAGAAGCAAUGCAGCUAAGAUGCUCGAAAAUACCAUUGACCUAAUUAACCAGACAGUUGGUGAUGCCAUAUCAGACCUGCUGACAAUAGAGGCCAUCCUGUCCAUCAAAGGCUUAACGAUCCAGCAGUGGGAUUUCAUUUACACUGACCUUCCUAACAGACAAAUGAAAGUAAAGGUAUUGGACCGACAAGUGAUUACCACUGUGGAUGCUGGAAGGAGAGCAGUGUCACCUGCAGGGCUGCAACAAAACAUUGAUGCUCUGGUGACGAAAUACAGCCUGUCACGAGCCUUUGUACGGCCAUCAGGUACAGAAGAUGUGGUCAGAGUGUACGCUGAAGCUGACACUCAGGCAAAUGCAGACACUUUGGCAUAUGAAGUAAGCCUCCUGGUGUACAAAAUGGCUGGAGGAGUGGGAGAGGAACCCAAGUUGCUGCAUUAAGAAAAAGUGGUGAAAUGUUUUUUUGCACACUUUAGGUGCAUCCUUAUAUUAACACUACAUACAGGUGGUGGUUCAUAGGAAUUCCUGAUGCCCUUCAAAACUAAAUGUGCAGAUUCUGUCACAGAAUACUAUUAGGUCUCUCAAAAAAUUAAUUACAACAUUUCAUGAAUGGUUGGCCUGGAUGUAAAUACAGCAAGGGGACAAAACUCUAAGAGCAGGAGCUUCUACUUACAGUAUGUACUUCAUUUCUCACAAACUGGUAGUUUGAGGAUUGAGGGAAGAUGCAAACGUGGAGAAUGAAAUUUGUACAGCUUUGCAAGUUACCAGUCUUAACUGAUGCUUGCAAAAUAAUAUGUAAGGCUUUCUUUUAAUUAGGAGGGAGAAGAAGUUCCAUAGUUUAGUUUACUAUUGUAAGGAUACUGUGGCUAUCAGUGAAGAAACACACUUGUGUACCAUAUGCAUUUUUAAGUUCAGAAAUCAGAUUUAUUUUGAUGAUUAAACUUGUAUCUUGGUAACAUUGCCAUAAGGAAGGUAUUGGGGGGUGGGGGCUCAAAAAUAAUUCUGGCAUAUCGCAAAUUAUGGAUCCUGGAAAUUAUUCCUGCCCUACUUAUAUUCCUGUGCUAAUGAAUGAAUAGGACACUAAAGAUGUGGCUUAAUUACAAGGUGUCUUUUCUGAAAAUAAUGAAUUGUUUUCCUUUCUGCCUCUAAAUGCUUUCUAACAAGUAAGCUGACAGAAACCAGUCGACCAUUUGCCUGCUCAGGGUGAUUGUAAAGUAACUUUUAAUGCUGGCAGAAUUCUUUAAUAAAUGUAACCAUACUGUGAUGAAAGGGCAAAUGUUGUUCUGUUGAAAGUACUUUUCCCUACCCCUGGGGAUUUUUUUGCUCAAAAAAGUGCAAUAUUCACUUAUGAAAGUUUUUGAUUUUUUUUAGAUCUCAUUUUUCUAAAUUUCACAAAAUCAAAACUACUUUUGGAGUAAAUCACCAAACAACUCAAUACUUUUAAUAAUAGGGUUUGAAUAAAUAGUUUUUAAACCAUCAGUUAUCCAUAGUGGCUAUUGGUUUCUGCAUUUGUAGAGUCAAGAAUGGAUGCUGGUCUUUAUUCAGUAAAAAAAUAAAGUUUUAUCUAAAGAUUUUAUAGUUCCUCAUCACAGCUGCUGUAAUGGAAGAGUAAACACAUGUAAUUCCAUCAUAUUAUGCUGUUUAUUAUCAAGUUAUGUGUUCUGAGGAAAAAUAAACAUGAUAUUAAUUUUACCUU